UCUCAUAGAAGUCCAUGCUCCUGCCACUGUUUCGACCACAGAGUCGUUUGACAUCUUCCGAUUUGAUCCAUUUGGGUCAGGGAGAUAUAGGUUCUUCCAGUGAUUCCAAUAGCAUCCAAAGCUAUAGAUAUGAUGUGUUUAUCAGUUUCCGUGGUGCUGACACCCGCAGCACUUUUGUUGAUCAUCUUCAUGCUCAUCUAACAACUAAGGGUAUUUUCGCUUUCAAGGAUGACAAAAGACUUGAAAAAGGAGAAUCCCUUUCGCCGCAACUUCUACAAGCAAUUCAAAGUUCUCGGAUUUCUAUUGUUGUCUUCUCUAAAAAUUAUGCGGAGUCAACAUUAUGUUUGGAAGAGAUGGCCACUAUUGCUGAAUAUCAUACAGAAUUGAAACAGACUGUUUUCCCUAUUUUUUAUGAUGCCGAUCCAUCUCAUGUACGAAAACAGAGCGGGGUGUACCAGAAUGCCUUUGUUCUACUCCAGAAUAAAUUCAAACAUGACCCAAAUAAGGUUAUGAGAUGGGUGGGAGCUAUGGAAAGUUUGGCUAAAUUAGUCGGUUGGGAUGUUAGGAACAAGCCAGAGUUUCGAGAGAUUAAGAAUAUUGUUCAGGAGGUAAUAAAUACAAUGGGUCAUAAAUUCUUGGGGUUUGCUGAUGACCUUAUUGGGAUACAACCUCGAGUAGAAGAAUUAGAAAGCCUUUUGAAAUUAGACUCAAAGGAUUAUGAAUUUCGAGCUAUAGGCAUUUGGGGGAUGGCUGGAAUCAGAAAGACAACUCUUGCUUCUGUCUUAUACGAUAGAGUCUCUUAUCAGUUUGAUGCAAGUUGUUUUAUUGAGAAUGUAAGCAAAAUUUAUAAAGAUGGCGGUGCUACUGCUGUACAGAAACAAAUCCUUCGGCAAACCAUAGAUGAAAAAAACCUAGAGACAUACAGCCCUUCUGAAAUAUCUGGAAUUAUACGUAAAAGACUUUGCAACAAAAAGUUUCUUGUAGUCCUUGACAAUGCUGAUCUAUUAGAGCAAAUGGAAGAAUUGGCUAUAAAUCCUGAAUUGCUUGGUAAAGGAAGUAGAAUAAUCAUUACAACCAGGGAUAUGCAUAUUCUGAGUGUUUGGAGCUCAGUUGAUGUGUAUGAGGUUCCACUAUUGAAUAGCAAUGAUGCCCGCAAACUUUUCUAUAGAAAAGCUUUCAAAAGUGAGGAUCCCACUAGCGGAUGUGUAAAGCUGACUCCUGAGGUACUAAAAUAUGCUCAAGGUCUUCCAUUAGCUGUUCGAGUAGUGGGGUCUUUCUUGUGCACUCGAGAUGCUAACCAAUGGAGAGAUGCUUUGUAUAGAUUGAGGAAUAAUCCAGACAACAAUGUGAUGGAUGUGCUUCAGGUAAGUUUUGAGGGAUUACAUUCAGAGGACCGAGAAAUAUUUCUGCAUAUUGCUUGUUUCUUUAAAGGGGAGAAGGAAGAUUAUGUGAAGCGAAUUCUAGAUGCUUGUGGGUUGCACCCUCAUAUUGGAAUUCAAAGUUUGAUUGAGAGGUCAUUCAUAACUAUUAGAAAUAAUGAAAUUCUUAUGCAUGAAAUGUUGCAAGAAUUAGGGAAGAAAAUUGUUCGGCAACAGUUUCCUUUCCAACCAGGAUCGUGGAGUAGAUUGUGGCUUUAUGAUGAUUUCUACUCUGUCAUGAUGACAGAAACGGGAACAAACAAUAUUAAUGCCAUAAUUCUAGAUCAAAAAGAGCAUAUCUCUGAAUAUCCUCAGUUGAGGGCUGAAGCAUUGUCAAUAAUGAGGGGACUUAAAAUUCUUAUAUUAUUAUUUCAUAAGAAUUUUUCAGGAAGUCUCACUUUUCUUUCUAACAGCUUGCAGUAUCUUCUGUGGUAUGGUUACCCUUUUGCUUCUUUGCCAUUAAAUUUUGAGCCGUUUUGUCUUGUUGAAUUGAAUAUGCCUUAUAGCAGUAUUCAACGACUAUGGGACGGUCACAAGGUAUUUUAAUGAUGUCUUUCAUUUUCUCAUUUUAGUUAAAUAAUAAUGAUCUCAACCAUUAUAAAACAAAUUUGGGACUUUACACCUACAUAAAUGAUGAUUUGCAUUAAAAAACCUACUCAUUAAUCAUAUUUUGGUGUUCCAAGUUGUACAUAUAUCCCUGUCUUCCCAUAGACACCUACAUUGUGUUGAUCUCCUUUUCAACACAAGGUUUGUCAAUAUUUCUGUAACCUCUACAUAAAUUUUGACUAAUAAGUAAGAUAUACAAUCCAUUUGUAGUUACAGGCUAGUUACCAAAAGAAAAAUUCGCAGUCAACUUGCUGCUAAUUUCAUGAAAUGAUUCUACAUGUUAGCAUCCUUUCCUUGAUCAUAUUUAAUCUUCAAACUAAAGUUUGCGAAAGGAAGGAUUAAAGAAAUACUUCUAAAUAAAUUGUUGCAAAACAUAGUCAAGGAAGUAGUCUGCACCGAGUUGCAAUAUUUCCUUUUGCACCGAAAAGACAACAUUCUGUUGUCGUGCGGGCUACCUGAACUCUUGCUAUUGUCGAAUGCAACAAAAAUGAAACAAACUGUUUACCCUAUUUAUGAAGUAGAUCCAUCUUCUUACACUGAGAAAUUCAAACUCGAACAGGCAGGGAUCAUCAAUGUAAGAAAGCUAAUAUGUUGGAUUUGAUGUAGGAGAUAGUGUCAUACAUUCUUCUCUUAACUUUUUGUACAUUCUUUAGAAGAAUAAGUGAAGUUUUGUUGAGUUUUACUAGCUGAUAAUCAAAUUAUAUUAUUAUUCUCCUGUAAAUUUGGUGAUAAUUUAGUUUAUCAUCUUUCUUUCUUUUAGGCCAGA